AUGUAUUACGCACACAGUAGCAAUGCCAUCCUCGCUACCCUCCUAACCCUCGCGACCCCCCUCUCCUCACAUCCAUCCCCAACCCCAAAACAGGCCUCGUACCAUGCUCCUAGCAUCCUAGACCACGUCAACCCUCGAAUUGGAACGUAUGGGGUUACCCCCAACGGCAACGGGGGUAUGAUCCCCUCUGUGGCGCCCCCGUUCGCCAUGACGCGAUGGACGCCGCAGACACGCGAGAACUUUAUCUCGCAGGUGCCGUACGGGGAUUCAGAUCGUCUGAUGCACGGGUUCCAAGCUACUCACCAACCGGCUAUUUGGAUGGGGGAGGCAGGACAGGUUGUGCUGAUGCCUGGUCUUGGGGAUGUGCGCCCGCUGUUUGAGGAUCGUGGUCUGAUAUUCAAAAAAGACGAUGAGGUGUCUACACCUUAUGUCUAUGAGGUUGAGUUGGAUGCUACGCCAAGGCUAGGGAGAGACUGGAAUGCAACUGCGGAGGCGGUAGGCGAUGGGCCUGACCCAGGCGGUGUUGGAAAAGUCCCGGAGGAAGUGAAGGACGGGGCUAAUGGGCGGGUAAGGAGACAGCAUCAGGCUGCUAUGCAAGGAGAUAAUGCAGAUGACGACACUGAAGAUUCCAGCAAUGGGGAUACAAUCCAGGCGGCCAUGUCCGCCGACGCACAUACGGGCUAUCUUCGCUUCACCUUCAACACCCGUGACCAUGCCCAGCCCUACAUCUUCAUCCAAGCCAACCGCCGCAACUGGACCGGCGAGGUACACAUCGAUCCCGACGCGCGCGAGAUCUCAGGCUACAAUCCCGAGCGUCAAGACUACGGACUCGGCCCAGAUAAAGCUGCGUCUUUUCGAGGCUACUUCGUCGCCCGUUUCUCGCAGCCGUUUGCAUCCUACGGCACAAGCGCGGGAAACAUUACACAUGACGGCGCGAAUCACCACAAAGGCAAUUUCAGCGGCGCAUACGCUCGGUUCGCGCCAUCUACAAAAACCGUAGAAGUCCGGAUCGGCGUCUCCUACGUAAGCAUUGACCAAGCGCGCACGAAUCUCGACCUCGAGAUUCCAGACUCCCAGUCCUUUGAGCGGACUGUCGAACGCGUCAAAGCCGCAUGGCUCGACAAACUCGGUCGCAUACGUAUAUCAGGAGUCAACCGCACAGACGCGGACCACGACCCGCGCACAAUCUUCUACACAGCCCUCUUCCACACCCUACAAUACCCGAGUGACUUCUCCGAGCCUCUCCCACCACCAUCCAAAAACCGCACCUACUACUCAGGAUACACCGACAGUAUCCACAUAGCCCCAGACUCCUACUACCAAUCAUGGUCAAUAUGGGACACCUACCGCGCAGAACACGCACUGCUCACACUGCUCGCCCCAGAACGCGUAAACAGCAUGAUGCGUUCCCUGCUCCAGAUCUUCACAUGGAGCGGCCGACUCCCGAUAUGGGCCAACAUCGUCGAAACCAAUAUCAUGAUAGCGACACAUGUAGACGCUGUCUUGGCUAAUGCCCUCACCCGAGGUUUUCGCGGCUUCAAUACCACUCUGGCAUGGCAAGCCGUUCGAAAAGACGCGUUUGUUCCCCCUCAAGACGACACAUCCUUGCUUUACUACGACCGCCAGCCCAAUACGUCCUACGAGGCCCGCGCGGGCCUUACUUCUUACGCGAAGAAAGGCUGGGUGUCGAACGACAGGUGGGCGGAGUCUGCUAGUCGCACGCUGGAUUAUGCGUUUGACGACUACGCGUGUGUUAUCGUCGGUGAGCAUGGCUCCGGCGCUGACGAAGGCGAGCUCGAAGAGUUACGCGCGCGGAGCAAAAACUACGUCCAUAUCUGGAACAAUGAAACGCAGUUUAUGCGCGCGCGGAACGAUAACGGAUCCUGGGCUCGCCACGCGGACUGGGGCUGGACGGAGGGCGACUCCUGGGUGUACACCUUCGAUGUGAUGCACGAUGUACCGGGUUUGGUUCGGCUCUUCGGCGACAGGGAGGCGCUGCUGGGGAAGCUGGACGAGCAUUUCGAGGACGGACAUAACGACCACACUAACGAGCCCAGUCACCAUGUGCCGUACCUUUAUUCUGGGCUUGGGGCGCCAAAUCGGGCGGCGGACAAGAUUCGGGCGAUCGCGUGGGAGAACUACAAUGCGACCAGUGGGGGGCUGAGUGGGAACGAAGAUCUGGGCCAGAUGAGCGCGUGGUAUGUCUUCUCGGCACUGGGGUUCUACCCUGUUGACCCCGCUGGGGAUGAAUAUGUGGUUGGGUCGCCCUUCUUCGAAAGCAUCAAGAUCAUGUGGCCGGAUGGGGUUGCGACAGGGGGUGAUAUUGCCGGCGGAGACACGGAUAGAGUUUUGCAUAUUACUGCGCCUGGGGCUCCGUCGAUGCCGUAUGUGAAGCGUUUAAGGCUGGAUGGGAAGGAGGUCGCCGUGCCUAUCCUGAAUCACAGGGAUAUUGUGCGGGCGGAGCGCAUUGAGUUUGAGAUGAGUGAUACACCGAAUUCAUGGGGGACGAACCACGUGUGGUGA